UUCGAUCAUAAGUGUCAUCUAUGUGUGGAUGAAAUUUUCAUGUUUUUAUUAUCUACAAAUUUGCAAUAGAUAUUCAGGUUGUGAGAUAAAUGGAAAUGGUGUUAUCUAGAGUAAUGGCUUUCGCUAAAUAGAUGUCACAUCUCUCUGCGGAGUAAAGAAAAUUUUGAUUAUAAAAUAUCAACCAAAGUUAAAAUAAUAGAAAAUAUUGCGCAUACUGCAUAAUCCAUUUCAAAAUAUAUAAAGGUCUACUCAUAGUGCAAAAUUUCACAAUUUCUGAUACUUUUAUGUUCUCAAGUCGCAAUUUCAGUCAAUGGAGUUAAGCUAUCAGAUUUUUUUCUUUGAUAAUUUUCUUUGAACAAAUAGAGAAUAUUGUUAGAGCAUUACAAAAGUAAUCACUGUAAUAGACAAAAUAAUCUCUUUGAAAUUGGCGACUGUUCAAAAUCAAACAUCUGGGGAUUACCCAACAAUGCGAAUUUGGUUGAUAACUUGAAAACUUGAUGUGUUUGAUUUAAAUAAGGACAUUCUGUUUUAUUUCUAGUAGCUUUCUCAAACAGUGAAUUAUAAAUGUUGGCGUUACUGAAGCGGCUCGAGUUUGUCCUGGUCAAUCCUUCAUGAUGUUCGGAACAAUAAACUUCAGGCUUAUUGGAGCAGCUUGUUCAGUGAACCUCCUGGCUUUUGCUAAUGGAAACGCCUACGCCUGGUCGUCAACUGUAUUGGAGUCGUUGAAGAGCAGCGACCCAAACAAGAACCCCUUAGGUACACCGAUCAACUCAUUCCAAGAGUCCUGGAUAGCAUCUCUUGUAAGCUUGGGCGCAGCAUGCGGACCCCUUUUGGCCGGUUUCUGCUCCGAUAAGUUCGGCAGGAAAAGAACCCUACUCGCCUUCUCAAUACCAAUGCUUAUAUCCCACAUCAUGCUGUCUUAUGCUAGCACCCCGGUGGAAUUCUACAUAGCGAGAUUCAUGCUCGGUCUAGGAGUAGGUUGUGUGUUCACUGUAGUUCCAAUGUACAUCGGAGAGAUAGCUGAAACUGAAACUAGGGGCUUCCUGGGCUGUAUGAUGGGCAUGUUCUUAUCGACAGGUCUUCUUUUUGUGUACUCGAUUGGACCUUUAGUUAGCAUAACCACCCUCAGCUAUAUACUGGUUGUUCCUAUUGUAUUAUUUAUCGUAUUAUUCGGUAUAUUCUUCCCUGAAAGUCCCUAUUAUCAUGUGGCCAACGGUGACGAGCUUGCUGCUGAGAUGAGCUUGAACAAAUUGAGGGACAACAAAAAUGGUUCCUCGAACCUCAAAGAACUCUCCGAAAUCAAGCAGGUGGUGGCUGAAUCUAAGGAGGGAGGUAGUUCUUUGUUGUCAGCCUUCAAAGGUAAGAGUUUCAGGAAAGGUAUCACCAUAACAGCAGUGUUGAUGAUCUUCCAACAAUGUGUGGGCAUCACCAUCAUAUUGUCCUACAUGGAGAAGAUUUUCAUCGCUUCUGGGAGUAAGAUAUCCUCAACUACUUCAACGGUAACUGUAGCGCUGAUCCAGUGGUUAACUGUUAUAUUAAGUUCGUUCCUUGUGGACAGAUGGGGUAGGAGGAUGUUGUUGAUAGUGGCCAGCGCUGGUUGUGCACUUCCCUUAUUUUCUAUGGGGUUGUAUUUCUACCUGAAAGACAAAGGUACUGAUGUGUCUUCUUUGUGGUGGUUGCCAAUAUUGAGUCUUGUAGUUUACAUAAUUUCCUACAAUUUUGGUCUUGGUACCUUGCCAUGGGCUCUUGUGGGUGAAUUAUUCUCGACCAAGACCAAAUCCUUGGCUUCUACCAUCACAGCUACCACAUGUUUGUCGCUGGCUUUCACCAUGACCCUGAUUUUUCCUACAAUGGAGGAGAUUAUAGGAUUUUCUGGGGCUUUCUGGUUUUUCGGCGGUAGUGCAAUUAAGUCUUUUCUGUUUGUGAUGUGGUACGUUCCUGAAACUAAAGGUAGAAGUUUUCAAGAGAUUUUAAUGAUCUUGGAAAAAUAAUGUUGGUGAUUCUCUCUAAUCAAUCUGUGAUAAGGGGCUAAAGAUGCACUCUGUGAGGUCUUAUAAUCCGAAGGAGGAAUUAUAAAUAUUAUCAUAUCAUUAUAAUAAUGCUUAUUUAUAUUUCUUAUCGAGAAUAAUGUACAUAUAUAUGUAAUCACAAUCACUAUUGAAAAUAAACCUGUUCUAAAAAUG